CGUCGUAGGUCUGUGGUCGCGGCGGUGUGCCGUCAUGGAUUCUUCAUUGGUGAACGACAUGUUCGGGUACAGCUCGGUCGAAAGACCGCUGUGGGAUGAAAUCCAGCAAGAAUUGGACGAUCUCCGAAACGUGUAUUGGCCGACGGACGGCAAAGAGCUGGCUGACAUCGGAAUGCUCGUCGGAGAAACGUUCUUGCGAUGCGUCGGAUUGAUUCGACAUCGAAUCAACAAGGAACUCGAAGGAGUGGAGCCUCUCUGUUUAGUCACGGCCUGCUUCCUUUUCUUCUUAUCGCUGUGGGUUCUCAAGCGACUCUUCACAUACAACAGUUUCGUGCCUUCAAACAAACGGCUGAGCUUGCUCGAGCGUUUUCGAAGAUUGCCCAUCAUCAGGAGCAUCUCUGCAAGCAAGAUGAGGCCGGUCCUGAAGGAUCUAGAGCGCGAUCUCAAGAAAGACUACGCACCUGGCUCCUUCAAGAAGGUCCUUCCUGAGGAAGGCCACAAGGCAGUUAACAUCGUGGAGGAGGUUCAAUCCUAUCUCGACCUGUCGAAAGCCGACUGGAAAGCGGGCCGGGUGUCCGGCUGCAUCUAUUCCCCGAACGACAUUGAAUGCGAGAAACUCGUUUUAGACGUUUUCCACAAGACUAUGAAGAGCAACCAUCUCCACGCUGAUAUCUUCAGCGGGGUUCGUAAAAUGGAGGCUGAAAUAAUUCGUUGGGUUCUCAAUCUCUACCACGGCGAUGCGGACGCCUGCGGCUCGAUCUCAUCCGGCGGUACCGAAUCGAUUAUGCUCGCUUGCAAGGCGUACCGAGACUUUGCGUUUGCUACUCGAGGAAUCACCGAACCGGAGAUCCUCGUUCCUCAUUCGGCCCAUGCGGCAUUCGACAAAGCUGCCGAUUGGUUGAGGUUGGAGAUUCGCAAAGUUCCUCUCGAUCCGAAAACUUUGAUGGUAGAUACAAGGAAAAUGCGGAAAAUGAUCACCAGGAACACCAUUCUCCUCGUUGGGAGCGCACCCGGCUAUCCCCAUGGCAUCAUCGAUCCGAUCGAGGGAAUCGCAGCCCUCGGAUGCAGAUAUAACAUUCCUGUGCACGUCGACUGCUGUCUCGGUGGAUUCAUCAUGCCGUUCUUGGAAGAUGCCGGCUUCGGAAAAUUCAACUUUGACUUCAGCGUCAAGGGAGUGACGAGCAUCAGUUGUGAUACCCACAAAUAUGCUAUGGCGCCAAAAGGGACUUCGCUCGUCAUGUACUCAUCGAAGAAAUACCUCCAUCAUCAAUUUUCCGCAGCCGGUGAUUGGCCGGGAGGUGUUUAUAUCACUCCUACCGUGGCCGGAAGUCGAUCGGGAGCUGUUGUGGCCUGCUGCUGGGCCACCUUGCGUUAUUAUGGAAGGGGAGGCUACGUCGAGGCUUGUCGAGAUAUUCUGACUGAGGCGAGGAAAAUCAAGGACGGCAUAAAGGAAAUCAAAGGUCUCCGGGUUCUUGGAGACCCUCAAGCCACCGUGAUCGCAUUUGAUAGUGACAUCAUCAAUAUCUUCGAAGUCAACUCCCGGAUGGGGAAGUUGGGAUGGCAUUUGAAUCCCCUGCAGUUCCCGAGCGGUAUCCACAUCUGCUUGACGAAAAUCCACGCCGAGAAUAAGGUUACAGAGACCUUCUUGACUGAUCUCAGGACUAUCGUUGAGAAAAUGCUUCAAGAACCCGAUAAGAAAGUCUCGUCUCAGGCUGCCGUGUACGGCCAGGCCCAAACAUUUUCGGACCGCUCGAUCGUGAAGGAUCUGCUGCUGAACUACAUGGAUAUUAUCUACAGUACUGAGGACUACGUAGACUAAUGAACGUCAUCUAUCUAUAUCGAUAGCUGAAGCCGCAUUCCGCAUAAUCAAACAUGUACUACUUAAAGUGAUCGAUGUAGCGCAGUGUUCGCUUUCGAUUGGAAACAUCGAAGGAUAUACCACCAAUUUUAUUAUUGUUCGGAAAGCUCAUGAAAAUAAUAAAAAGGACCAAUCUUCAAAGA